AUCCUAUAAGCGCGCUCACAGCCAACCUGCUAACAUUCGCUGACACCCUCACGUUUCAGAGCCGGAGGAAAUGGCCACGAGGAUAUAGUCUUUGUUAUUAGAUUUAAUUCAAAAGCUGUGCGUUGGAGGAAUAGAUUGCCUUCUGGAACUAAUAAUCUCUGUACACCGUAUUUAGAUUACCUUGACAACCGGUCUCAGUGAUUGACAGCAGGACCGAUACAUGCGAGUUGUUGAUGCGCUUAAAAACUUUUAUGAACCGAAGGUUCUACUUGGUCUUACCCGUUAUGGUGAUUUUUCCAUUUAGGCUAUUGCAAUAUUUUUUUUCUUGUUGAAAAAUACACAUCUUCACCUUGCUGCAGGAUUCUUCUUUAUUGCCACUGCGGAUUACAAUUCUCAAUUGGAUGUAAAAGGCAUCAACUUGAUACACCACCUUCUCUGCGGACUGACACAUUCCCUGUGUCUUACCUUUUUAUCUUCAAGACAGGCGCAUGUCGAUGGCGCAAAGGUACGAUGAGCUGUCCCACUAUGGUGUUGGGAUGGACGGAGUUGGACUCCCGGCGUCCAUGUAUGGAGACCCGCAUGCUCCCCGGCCGCUUCCGCAAGUCCACCACUUGAACCAUGGUCCGACUGCACAUCCAACCCAGCACUAUGGAUCCCACGCACCCCACAACAUCAUGCCCAGCAUGGGCAGCGUGGUGAACGACGCAUUAAAAAGAGACAAAGAUCAAAUCUAUGGUCACCCGUUGUUCCCUCUGCUCGCCUUGGUGUUUGAGAAGUGUGAGUUGGCGACCUGCACGCCCAGGGAGCCUGGAGUAGCGGGUGGCGAUGUCUGCUCCUCAGACUCCUUCAACGAAGACAUCGCUGUCUUUGCAAAACAGAUACGGGCAGAAAAACCGUUAUUUUCAUCGAAUCAAGAGGUGGACAAUUUGAUGAUCCAAGCUAUUCAAGUAUUGCGAUUUCAUCUUUUAGAAUUAGAGAAGGUGCAUGAGCUCUGCGACAACUUCUGCCAUCGGUACAUCAGUUGUUUGAAAGGCAAAAUGCCCAUCGACUUGGUCAUAGAUGAUCGAGAUGGCUGCAAAUCUGACUUAGAUGACCUGACGGGAUCUUCCACAAAUCUAGCAGAUCACAACCCAGCGUCCUGGAGAGACCUGGAUGACGCCCACUCCACGCCCUCCGUGGGCACCCCGGGGCCCUCCAGCGGGGGCCACAUCUCCCAGAGUGGGGACAACAGCAGCGAACUCGGAGAUGGCCUUGACAACAGUCUGGCGUCGCCGGGUACAGGAGAUGAGGAUGACCUGGACAAGAAGAGACAGAAGAAGAGAGGUAUCUUCCCCAAAGUGGCCACCAAUAUAAUGCGAGCGUGGCUCUUCCAGCACCUCACGCACCCCUACCCUUCAGAGGAACAGAAGAAGCAGCUAGCGCAGGACACAGGCCUCACCAUCCUGCAAGUGAACAACUGGUUCAUCAACGCCAGGAGGAGAAUAGUACAGCCUAUGAUUGACCAGUCUAACAGAUCAGUGGGCCAGGGGACGGCAUACAGCCCUGAUGGGCAACCAAUGGGAGGCUUUGUCCUCGACGGUCAGCAACACCUGGGGAUUCGGCCUGGCGGACCAAUGGGUGGAAUGGGAAUGAAUAUGGGGAUGGAUGGUCAGUGGCACUACAUGUAAACCCUGUCCAACUGAGGCAAGCCUGAAGAAGAAGAUGGAGAAGCCUCCAUGGUUUGCUCAGGGAAAAUCCUGCCCGCUUGGUUCCAAUGAGCGUGUGACUCCGCCCCAGUCACACCUGUACCUGUCAUCUGACCACGCCCAUCUCACCUCCCCACUGGAGCAUAGAGGACCACACCCACAUCUGCACAAACGCCGCCCACAUUGACCUUUAAUAACCCCACACCUGGAGGAAGACGAGGAUCUACUAAUAAACAACAACAAAAACAACAACAUUUGCAGACAACAAUCUUCCAAAACAAAAAAAGACUUCUGUAUGAACAACGGAAGCUAAAAUGACCUCAACAACAUUUUGACACAUUUUUUGUUUUCUUUUUUAAAUUAUUUAUUUAUUUUUCUACAAUGGUGGACCAUAGGGACAAGAACUUUUUAGUCUUUGCCCGAGAUAUAUUGACACAGCCGGCACACACACACUAACACACAUUCCCUCUCUCUCGCUCACACACACACACACACACACACACACACACACACACACACACACACACACACACACACACACACACACACACACACACACACACACACACACACACACACACACACACACUCGAACAAAUACACACACUUCAUCUUAUGAACACAACAUUUGAAAACAACCACUGUGGAAUAUCUAAAAAAGAUUAUGAAGAGUUUUAAUAACUGUUGUGGUGUAUAGACUUGUGCUUUUUCAUUUGACUGUUUUAUCCAUGUUUGCGCUUUGUGAUCAUUAGUUUAUGGAGUGAGAGUUUAUCACUAAUCCUGUGUGCUGUGGAACAGAGAGAAAGAGAGAAAGAGAGAGAUUGCCUCAGAGUCUGCAGCCUGGAGCUUGUCUCAGAUACUGCAGAUGGCAGCCACAUCCAGCUCCCAACAAAAAAACAAGCCCUCUUUUUAUUUGUAUUCUGAAUGUGGCCCAGUUGCUUUUAUUACCCAUGCACUGAAUGCAUUUCAUAUAUUUGUUAUUAUUCUGUUUUGAUUUGGAUUGUUCUGUGUUGUCCUGAAUUCGGACUAAAGAGCUGAUGGAUUGACGUCAUACUGGUAAGGUGGAUCUUGGACCGACUUCCAUUUAGAUCAAGUUACAAUAGUUUUAUAGCACACGGGAAGAAGGAAAGGGUUUCUGCACUAAAGACCAAAAUAAAAACACAUUUUAAAACU